UCCCUCCAGUCAGACGCGCCCGCUAAAGGAGAGCCAGAGGCGACGUCUCGGCGUCGACGGUGGAUGAACCUGACGAACAUGCACUCGAUUGCAUGCUUUCAAUGUUAGUUUUUGCUGCGAAUUAUUUGUUUUAGAUGUAUUGGAGUAUGAGAUACACCGAGCAAGUGGUUGAAAGAACAUGCACUAUGGCUACGGAAUCCACGGAUGAAAAAAAGAACAGACAGCUCCUCGAACAACUUUUGGACAAACCUGGGAAUGGAACCUGUGCGGAUUGUGGAGCUCCAGACCCCACCUGGGCCUCCUACACGCUGGGUGUCUUCAUCUGUCAAAGCUGUUCAGGCCUCCACCGAAACAUCACGUACAUUAGCAAACUCAAGUCGGUCCUACUGGACCCCUGGAGCGACUCUGAGGCCGAGUUCCUGGCCUCCACAGGCAACAACAAGGCGAAGGCCCGGUACGAACAGAACGUGCCCCCGUUUUACUACCGACCCACGCACACAGACUGCACGCUCUUGCGGGAACAGUGGAUCAGAGCCAGGUAUGAGAGGAACGAGUUUGCCUGCCUCGAGAGGCAGGAGCCAUACUCUUCAGGCUAUAGAGAGGGGUUACUAUGGAAACGAGGCAAAGACAACGGACAGUACCUCAGCCGAAAGUUCAUUCUGUCCGAGCGGGAAGGUGUUCUGAAGUACUACAACAAGCACGAUGCUAAGGAACCUAAGGCAGUGAUGAAAAUCAAUACCCUCAAUGCAACCUUUCAGCCAACUAAAAUCGGCAACGCCCAUGGGCUGCAGUUAACCUAUCUGAACGACAACAGCACAAGGAACAUCUUUGUUUACCAUAUGGACGGCAAGGAAAUGGUUGACUGGUUUAAUGCCAUUCGAGCAGCUCGGUUUCACUAUCUCCAAGUGGCCUAUCCUGGAGCCUCCAUCAGUGACUUGGUACCACAGCUAACACGUAACUACAUUAAGGAAGGCCACAUGGAGAAGACGGGCCCAAAGCACAAAGAGGGCUUCAAGAAGAGAUGGUUCACCUUGGAUGACAGGAGGCUAAUGUACUUCAAAGAUCCCCUGGACGCCAACGCACGAGGAGAAGUGUUCAUCGGCAGCAAGGAGAACAAUUACCUCGUUCUUCCCGGUCUCUCCUCGCCCUGCCAGGGUCUUAACUGGCGGUUUGGAGUCACCAUAGUAACGCCCGACAGGAAGUUCCUGUUUGCCUGCGAGACCGAAGCGGAGCAGAGAGACUGGCUCGCCGUCUUUCACCGGGUGGUGAACAGGCCGAUGCUUCCCCAGGAGUACGCAGUCGAGGCUCGCUUUAAACACAGAUCCUAGACGUGCCAAAGAGGUUUGCGUCGGCUGAGAAGGACAGGAGAAGACCUGACGGAUGAGAAGAGGUAACGGAUUAGGAUCACAUGAGAAGAUGAGGGGGACAUUGAAGAUGAGAACCAGAGUUGAGAAGAGAUUCGAGUGAAUCUUUAUUACUUAACAAUAGACAAACACACAAAUAUCAAUAACGUUUUAACAAUGUUCAUUUUACAUGAGUUACAUAUGAAUUGCAUUUGCACAUGCACAUAUGUAAUUAAAUCGACCCAAGAAGCACUGACCAAAUAUUGUGCAUGCCUUUGCUAUUAUUUUAUUUAUAUUUCAUUAUUGUGACGUGACCUUUACUCUUUUCAUGUCAGUCAAAUAAGGCUUUUUGUAAAUGUGUAACAAGCUAUAAAACUAUUUAUCCAGCAGAGGGAGA